UUGUGGUGGUGGAGAGCCGUUGCAAACGUUAACUUGGCUACUACUACUGCUGCUACUAACACGCAGGCUCGCAGCACCAACUCGUGUCUACCACAAAUUCGUAUUGGUGAUUGACUGAAUGAAGAUGGAGAGUCAAGUAGAUGACUGGAAUAGGGUAAAUAUUGCUGCUCCUCCAUUUACAACACUGCUAUAUUCAUGGAAUGAGGAUAGUGAAGUUUUGCGUAAUUAUCUACCUAUUUGGAAAGAGAGCUUUUCAUGCCUUAACACAUUUUACAACAAAGGUCAAUAUUCCAAUUUCUUUAAUGAGUGUUCAAUUCUUAAUGGAUUAACACUCUUCCAUAAACGACACAGGAAAGAGAAGUUCUAUAAUCUUUUGUUAAAGAUAAGGAAGUGUGUGGGAAGGCUGAAAAAAGGUCAGAUUUUUCGUACAGUGUCAAAAAUUUUGCAAAUGGUGCCAGUCUAUGAAAACCGUGAAGGGAACGUUCGUUUACCUACAAGGCAGUUGUUUGAGUAUUUGCUGAUCAGAAUAUUUGGGAUAUUCCAGCUGCUGCUCACAAUUGACGAUCUGUGCCUUGCGGUUGGAAAGAUUCUUAUUGGAAAUCUCAAAAGAGGUUAUGACUACAAGGCUGCAUUGGCAUUUCUCCCAGCUGUAGCAAGACUAAGAGUGCUCACUCUUUACUACGCUCAACAUCUGGCUUAUUUGUAUGAUGAAGUUUUCCCGACUCUUCAGUACUUGAAAGGUCGUCCAAGGUUCAGCUUGAGUCAGAGUUCAUCUCUAUCACAAGAACUGAUAGAUCACUGCCAAUAUGAAAAGGAUGAGGAUACAAGGAGUGUAACUUCACAGAAGAUUGAAUCAGGAGUUUUGGAUAUUUUUGUGGAGUCCAAAGAGAUGCCCCUAGAAGUAAGUGAUAUAUUAUCAAGAUUUGGAGAGAAAUUUGGUUUUAAGGUAUGCAGUGAUGAUGACAAGGAUGAUAGUUCAAGUGAUGAAACACAUGAUACAAAUUACCUUAAGAAUGUGAGUGGUUUUACACCAAAAGUUGAGGUUUCAAAAAAAGUUAUGGGUCUUUCUGAACCUCAAACAAAGAAAGAACUAAAACUUUCGGAGAAGGAGAAAGAUCUUAUAAGUCUACUUGAUAUUCUUAAUGAUAAUCUGGAUGAGAAUACAACAGGGUCUACUUUAAAUAGUCAUGAAUACAAUGAAAAAUCAGAGAGUAAGACUAAGAGUUCAUUACAUGUCGACUCUUUAAUGAGGUCAGAAGAUCUUGGGGAAAUCAUUGAUAGUAAUAAAACAGGAAAUAAAAAGAAGAAAGAUAAGCAAAAGAAAAGAAAGAUUAGUGAAUGUGAAGUUUCUGGUAAGAAUGCAGUUGAGGAAAAAGGGUGA